AUGAACACUCAUGUUGAUUAACAUAUGCCUAUUCAAUUACCUCCAGAAAUGUUCAAUCACCCAGAAUGCAAUACUAUUUUGAUUGAUACAAAAAGUCAGCCUAACUAAAUUCCAGAAUAAGUUAAAAUAGCAGAUGUCAUUCUCUUAAUGUACUCAAUUGAUAAUGAUACUUCAUGUGAGAGAUUAUAGAAUUUUUGGUUCAAGGUAUUGAAAGAAAAGGAGUUUCAAUAGCCAAUUAUAAUAGUAGGUAAUAAACUAGAUUUGAUCGGACUUGAUUGUGAUAGAGAAAAUUACAGAGUUUAUAAAUUGAUUAAACAAUUGGUAAAGGAUUUCAGUUAAGUUGAAAUAGGAAUAGAAUGCUCCUCAAUUAAGUUUUAGAGUGUUAGGAUCUUAUUUAUACCCUUUGUCACCCUUGUAUAGCCUAGUAACCAAAUAAAUUACAGAGGGCUUCAAAAAGCAUUGACUUGUAUUUUUCGAAUUUGUGAUGAGGACGGAGAUGGUGUAUGGAGUGAUCAAGAAUUAGAACAAUUUUAAAAGAAAGUGUUUAAAAGGCAACUAAAUAAAAGCGAUAUUGCAGGGAUUAAGGAUAUGAUUGAAGAGGAAUUGAAAGAUGAGUCAAAUAAAAAAAUUUUAUUACUUUGCAAGGCUUCAUGGUUCUAAAAAGAUAGGAAUAGAAUUGAUGAAGAUUUAAAUUAGUUGGACCAUCAUUUGCUUUUUUAUUUAUAAAGAUUAUUUAACAAUUGA